AGACAAGAUAUAGCUAUGAGUUUGUGGGCACUUCUGCUUGUGUCACUGCUGGUCCAUGAUGCUGCAGGGUAUUUUCGAAACCGAGCUCAGAGCUCCAUCAUGGGUGGAGAAGAUGCCCCUGUUGGCCACUGGCCAUGGAUGGCCCAGUUGACCAUUUAUAAUGGUCUGGAUAGAAAGAAUUAUUGUGGUGGCACGCUUAUCUCUGAUGAAUGGGUUCUUACAGCAGCACACUGCCUGGAUGAUGAAGAUCUUAACCUGGGUGGUUCCUCUGUUCGACUGGGUUUACUCAGCCUGGAAGGACCAUCAGAGUAUGACUUAGGUAUAUCCUACACUGUCAGUCACCCUGACUAUGAAGAAGAGUAUUCACUCUUACUACAUGACAUUGCACUGGUGAAGCUGUCUGUGAAGGUUACCUUCACCUCCUCAGUGGCUCCUGUACACUUGCUUGGCUUGCAGGAGACAUUUGCUCAACAUUCUGAGUGCUGGAUCACUGGCUGGGGCCAUGUUGCUAACAAUGAGCCAUUGGACGGUAAACGGACCCUCCAGCAGGCAAAAGUGCCAAUUGUAAAACAAAGUGCCUGUAAGGAUGCGUUUCCUGGCGUCACUAGUGAUAUGCUGUGUGCUGGAGAUUUGAAGCAUCUUGCCUGUCUAGGGGAUUCUGGUGGACCCCUGGUGUGUGGUACAGCGCAAGGACGAUUUGUCCAGGUGGGCAUUGUGAGUUUUGGGCCAUCAGAAUGUGGCUUUCCAGGGGUCUAUACAAGAGUGGACAAAUACACCCAAUUCAUCAAAGAAACUAUUCACUUCUAAACAAAAGUUUCCUGUUAGACUAGACUGUUAUUUAGCUCUGCUAACCCCAAAUUAGUAGCUGUUGCCCUCCUGCUCGCGUCCCUAUGAAUGGAACAAAAAAGCUAAAUGUUUCUAUUUAGAUGCAAAAAUGCUAAUUAGAUUUACGUCAUUUUUCUGAGUGCUGUCACUAUCCAUGAAUAAAUGUAAGCAUCUACUUA